CAGUUUAACGGUCACGUACUCCGGCGUGAACUGAUACUAUGUUAGCUAUCGGAGUUAAGUAUCGUUACAUUUUGCGUUCAAACAGCGUACAAGCAACGAAUGUGAGAGUACUAGAGUAGGGUAUGUGUGUGACAUGCGCACAGACAGCCAGCAGCAGUAGCGACCACAGUCCCGACACCGACACAUCGUGAGGGCACAGACCGACAGAUGUCUCAACAGCCGCGGGGAUGUAAAUGAGAUUGGCUCGGAGGGUUGUUGUCAGAGAAUGCCACAGCAAGCGAGCUCGGCGUCUGCGUUAGCUCACAACUGUACACAGCUAGCUCUAAAAUAUAUAGAUAGUAGCGUUGAGUCGUGAUUAUUUUUUAAUUUUUUUUUUUUGCAAGAGGAUCGUCCUGCGUUAAACAUCCUCCAGCCAGCAUGCCUCCUGCUCAGAGCCUCCAAACCAACGGCAUGACCCUCUCUGAAACGAGCAUAGGUUCUUUUAAGAGGAGGAAGAGGAAAUCCAUAAUAGUGACAGUGUUGCUGCUCAUCGUAUCUGUGCUCAUCCUCAUCUUUGGCCUGGCAGCGACCACCAGGACGCAGAACAUCACAGUGGGCGGCUACUACCCAGGAGUCAUUCUGGGCUUUGGCUCUUUUCUGGGAAUUAUCGGUUCUCAUUUGAUAGACAACAAGAGGCAGAUGUUGGUGGCAUCUAUUGUCUUCAUCAGUUUCGGAGUGGUGGCUGCCUUCUGCUGUGCUAUUGUUGAUGGAGUAUUUGCUGCGAGGCACAUCGACCUCAGGCCUCUGUAUGCUGGCCGCUGCGAGUUUCACUCCAGUGAGACUUCAUCUGAACGUGAUGUGCCAUGUCAGACAUCUUCCCGCUCACCCUGUAACCUGCAUGUGAAGGGCAACACCUGUUACUGCUGCGACCUCUACAACUGCGGGAAAGAACAUCCUCUUAUGGGACUUCAGAAUAAAGAUGUUUUGAAAAAGUUUAGGAAAUCAUCCAUGAUUUGGAAGGCUAGCCGUGUUGAGCUGAUUGGAGGCUACCAUGAAUACACGGAUGUGAAGAGCUGCCAGGAUGUGGUGCACCUCUAUCACCUGUUGUGGUCCGCUACAAUCCUCAACAUUGUGGCCCUCUUUCUGGGCAUCAUUACUGCUGCAGUGUUGGGGGGCUUCAAAGACAUGACUCCCUCUGCUGCUUUAGAGAGUUCAUCUGAACCAGAGGCCAUCACAGCUCCAGUCCCCUCACAGCCUCCUCCACCCACCACCUCCCUCAACUCUUAUUACAACACUGCCCCCUGCCUGCCGCCUUACACCGCCUACGACCUGCAGGGCUCCUACCUGUUCCCUGACUCCUCCGGUCUGUCAGAUGACUCCCAGUCUGGAGCCAGUCACCUGUGGCCCACCAUGAUCCCUCCACGCUACUCUCCUCCUCACAACCACCCUGAUGAUAAGCCCCCACCUUACAGCCCGUAAGAUGGCUUCCAGCUAAGAAGGCACCUGAAACGUUGUCAGGUGUUUUUACGAUGCUGAUCGAGUGGUUUGAAUGCACAAUUCCUCUUUUCCUCACAAUCUUUGAGAACUGUGUUGGAGAAAAGGCGGUGAGGAAGAGGAAGAUGGCUGCGGAGCACUCUCACUUUGAGUUCAGCCCAACACAAGGAUUGUCUGUCGCUCUGGGCACAACUCACACAUCAAGAGAGAGGCAACCGGUUCAAAGCCAGGACUGUUUACACAUCUAUCUGCCUUAAUGCAAACGGGCUUCCAGCGCUGCAGCUCUGGGUCACCUGGACUUAUUCUGUACAAUGUCAAAACCUCUCCUCCAGCUCAUGCUUUAUGUUCCCCUCUCUUAAGUACAUAUUGUAAAUGCUUCCUGCCUCGAGUGGCACAAAUGAUAACGUCCUCACUGUUUGCACUGUAAGGAGAUGAGCACAGCUACGAGCCUCCUGUGAGAUCAAACCUCAGUCACAUGAAAGCUUUGGUGUCUUCACCAGAUCUGAAUCAUCUACAGAGUUAGAAAAUGUUGUAGUCGGCCCAAGCAGUUGGUUCUUUAGAGGUCAAUUAGGUAGAGAUAACACUAAUGGCGGUAUUACAUGCUCAUAAUGUAUGUACAGUGAUACUCAGAUGCUCCUUCAGUGGUUUAGCUAAUCAAACAGAUCAUCUAUUUAACGACUCUUCAGUUUAUGUUCAAAAAUAUCGUGGUCCAUGUGGGGUUGAACUUUGCAGAACAACGUUUAUGAAGAAAUUAACUAUUCUGCAGUAGAACAGCUAAGUUACAGUCCAAACCCUAUUUAUUGUAUUUUCACUAAAAGCUGCAAAGCUGGUAAGCAUAUAACGUGGGAACAGUCGGUGCUGGAUUCACUGACAUGAUGGGAGAUCAUGAAAAGAAGAACUGUUCUCUGAGGAAGAGUGAAGAAGAGUGAACUUAGUCUAUGUCUAUAAGACUGGUCAGCUUUAAUCACUGCUUUCAUAAUUUAACACUCGGGGGCUGAUCGUCGAUUCCUUUUUGUCUUGCCAUUAAAAAUCUUUUGUGUAA